AUGGAAUAUGAAACGUCAGACGAUUCUUCCAAUUCAGAAAAUGGUUCUUUCACCAGCAAAUCAACUAUUUAUGAACAAGAGGCUAUAUCGGAAAAGAUUGCUAAGCUUAAAAAGAGAAUCUCUGAACUUGAAGAUAUUUCCACGGCGAAAGAAGUAAUGCCGAAAAAAGCAAACAAAAGGCCAUUAACACCAUUAACUCGAAAUAAAGUACAUGAUGUAGAAGACGAAUUUUCUUUUGAUAAAACCUCCAAAGUAACAACAAAUAAGUAUAUUAUCGAAGACGAAUCUUCUGACAAUAAAACGACAAUAAAAAAAGCGAAAAAAGGACAAAUCAUAAAUGACUUUUCUAGUAACAAUGCUGAAAAAGAACCAUUAAAACAAUUAAAACAAAGUCGACAACAAUUCUCCGUUGAUACUGAAUUUUCUAGUGAUGAUCCCGAACAGGAAUCUAUGAGACUCAUAGUGGCCGAAAGACUUUAUCGCUUGUGUUCUACUACUGAAUAUCGCGAUAUGCCUCUUACUGAGAUUAAUAAGUGCAUUGAUAAGAUCCCUGAAACUCAAGAUACAACCGUUUCUACUAAUAAUAGAAUCAAUCCCCCUAAAAAAGGAAUGCAUGUUGAACAUAAUGCAGUUAUCGACAUUGAUGAAAGUGAUACAAAUUUAUCGGGAAAAAAUAUUACUAAAAAAGGAAAACAAGUCGAUCACAAUGCACCUGCUGACGUUGAUAGAAGUGAUCUAAACGACAAUAGUAAACAUGCUAAAAAGGGAAAACAAGUCGAUCACAAUGCACCUAUCGAUGUUGAUGAAAGUGAUCCAAACGACGCUAAAAAAGGAAAGCAAGCCGAUCACAAUGCGCCUAUCAAUGUUGAUGAAAGCGAUCCAAAUUUAUCAGAAAAAGAUAUUGCACUUGAUGAAAUUCCCAAAACUCAAGAUACAUCUGCUCCUACUAAUAAUAGAACCGGAGCCCGUAAACCUAAAAAUAGAAAACAUGUUGAUCACAAUGCAUCUAUCGAAAGUGAUUCAAACAACAAUAGUAAAAGAGCUACAAAAGGAACCCGUGUCAAUCACAAUUCACCUAUCGAUGUUAAUGAAAGCGAUCCAAAUUUAUCAGCAAAAAUUUUGGUAAGUU